AUGUCAGCUACUAAUGGAACAAUUACUUUACCACUAAGUACUCGCAUUACUCUAGCAUUUUUAAUGAGCUUACUAGCUUUCGCUAUAAUGCUAGGAAAUGCUGUGGUUAUUCUAGCUUUUGUGGUGGACAAAAAGCUUAGACAUCGAAGUAACUACUUUUUCCUUAAUUUGGCCAUUGCUGACUUCUUCGUUGGUAUGAUCUCCAUUCCUUUGUACAUCCCUCAUACUCUGUUUGAUUGGGACUUUGGAAAUAAACUCUGUGCAUUUUGGCUCAUUGUCGACUAUCUUUUGUGUACAGCAUCGGUGUAUAACAUUGUUCUCAUCAGCUAUGAUCGAUACCAGUCAGUCUCGAAUGCUGUUUCUUACAGAGCUCAACACACUGGGAUGUUGAAGAUUGUGUCUCUGAUGGUGGCAGUCUGGGUGCUGGCCUUCUUAGUGCAUGGGCCAAUCAUUCUAGUUUCAGAGUCUUGGAAGAAUUCCAGUUUCAGAGUCGUGGAGGAGAAGGAUUGUGAACCCGGAUUCUUUACCAGGUGGUACAUCCUCACCAUCUCGUCAUUCUUUGAAUUCCUUGUCCCAGUCUUCUCGGUGGCCUAUUUCAACAUGUACAUAUACUGGAGCCUGUGGAAGCGUGGCAAUCUCAGUCGGUGGCAAAGCCAGCCCACACUCACUUCUUCUGUCUCUUCCAGUAACUGUGGAUCCUUACUUAGGGGUGGACUGUUUUCAAGAACAUCUCUUCCCGAACAGAAGGAAACAGCACCAUCUGUUCCUUUGAAAAGACAUGAAAGAAAGAGCAAUGUCUUGCUUUCUUUAAGAGCCCAGAUGAAUAGCAGUAUAAUUACUUCCAAAAUGGCUUCCCUCACCCAUUCUGAUUCCCUGUGUCUUCACCAAAGGGAACAUAUUGAACUGCUUAGAGCCAGGAAAUUAGCCAAGUCACUGGCCAUUCUCCUAGGUGUUUUUGCCGUUUGCUGGGCUCCCUAUUCUUUGUUCACCAUCAUUCGUUCAAUUUACCCACUAGAACAGCGUCCUCAAAUAGUUUGGUACGAAAUCACAUUUUGGCUUCAAUGGCUCAAUUCCUUUGUCAAUCCUUUUUUGUAUCCAUUGUGUCACAAGCAUUUCCAGAAGGCUUUCUUGAAAAUAUUUCAUAUGAAAAAGCCAUCCAUACCAUCACAGAAUCGGUCAGUGUCCUCUUAAAGAUAAUUUUAUCAUUAACAAAAAUUUUAGUCUUAAUCUCACCUACAUGAAUUUGAUCUGACUUUCAUUUUCAUUUCUUCCCUUUCCAUGCUACCAGGAAAGUCCAUAAAAUUGUAACACUUGAAAGUUUUUAAAAAAAAUUGGAGCCUGGAAGUCAAGGGAAAAUUAUUCCGGUGAAUAAUAAUAGUACAAUUAGAAAUAGAUGACAAUGUUUUUGUAAACUCCUAGCCACAAAUGCACUGUACUUUUCAGACUCAUUGCCUCUUCCUUAGCUUUAAGAUCUUUUUUUUUUAAAGAUUUUUUAUUUAUGUAUUCAUGAGACACACACACACACACAGAGGCAGAGACAGAGACAGAGACAGGGGAGAAGCAGGCUCCAUGCAGGGAGCCUGAUGUGGAACUCGAUCCCAAGACUCCAGGAUCACGCCCUGGGCCAAAAGCAGACAAUAAACUGCUGAGCCACCCAGGGAUUCCCCAGCUUUUAGAUCUCGAUACAGCAUUGAUUGUGAAAGUUAAGAGUUCUUGUUUUCUUUCAACAAUCAGUGUUUGCUAUAGUCUCCAGUGAAUUUCCCUUUUUAUUUUAUAAUGAUGAAAACUUGUCAAGUUUUUAAGUCAUUUUUUCCUAAAGUAUACAAUAGGAAAAGGGGCUCUAUUGCUUUCUCGCUGAAGGUGGACAACUCUAUUAUGAUCAGUGGGCAGACGUGUUGGGGCUUGAGUUGUCAGAAGCAGGGAGUGAGGCUGUGCCCAGACGGAAAAGUGGAAGGUAUGUGUACUUCUGGACUCUAUUUAUGUUCCUGAUCCCAGAAAAGAAGGAAAUGUGGGGUGGGAAGGGCAGGUAACUGCAGCUCUCAAAGGUCCUCAGUGCAGUUAUUUGGGAGGCUCAGUGAUUACUGGUUGAGAGAGUAAGGGGCAGACAAGAUUACCAUCUGGUUGAAAGGACAGCUUUCCUUUUUUUCCUUCCUGCCCUCUUCUUCCAACUUCCAUGUUGGCUAAAACCUCUGUGAGAAAAUAUGGAAGAAAGAGAAAGGCUAAGAGAUAACAAAAAAGAUCAUGUGAUUAAACCUGAGGUACCUGGUAUAACAUUCACAGAACUACUGGGUGUCAGUAAUUAUUAAUAAAAUAUACCUUCUGUAUUUAUUUGAUGUCUUUAGUAUAUGUGCAGAGCUCAAGUGAUUCCUUUAUAUGCAG